GUCACAUCCCGUUGACCAAAAUGAUCUAGAAUACAUCAGGUGGCGGUAAAACACCAUAUAAAGACGCUAUCAGGGGAAAACUUGGUUGUUUGAAAUAAUGAAGUGGAGCUCUUCAUUUUAAAUUUUAUUGAGGACGCAGAACAUAUUACGUUACUGAUAAUGUCGGUUCAGUGUCUUUCUAUUCUCAUUGUGCUAUUGGCCUGUUCUCAACGCUUUGUGGAUACCGAGUCAGGAACCUCAGAGACGCUCACUAUAUUAACACAAGAUGAAAAUUACGUCCCCAUUGAACAGAUAGAUCUAACUGGAAAGCUUGGACUAACGUUCCAAGUAAAGGCAUGCACAUCAGCUUACGUAGCGCUGUCGGCCAUUUUUGGUGUUACCAACUCUCGAAUGUACGAGAUCGUGAUAUCAGGAUGGUCAAACACAAAAUCAGUGAUACGAGAUUGUAGACAAAGGUGGUGUAAUAGAGCUGAAUCACCGACUGGAGGUCUUUUGAAGUGUAACGAGUCUGUGUCGCUGUGGGUCGGAUGGACAAAUGGACACAUUGUUCUUGGAAGAGGUCGUUUUUUGGGACUCGAGCCGCUACUAGAAUGGG